UAUAUGUAAAAGUUUAGAUGGUAGAUAUGUAAAUACAUAAGAAUUGAGUGGAAUGUAUGUAAAGCUUACUUUACUGCAAGAACCUGACCUAACUUUCUAUUGCCUUCAUUUCAGAAACUAAGCUGGCAGUGAUGUUCAAACCUGUAUAAAUUUGAAUGCUAUGAUCUCCAUGAGUUAUUCGGAGGACUCCAAGAAGAUGGCAUGUUUCAGCAAGGCAUCCCCUGCCUUGAAGGAGAUUCUGAAAAAACUACAAAGCAUGGAAAUACUAGGGGACAUUGAUCACCACCUGUAUGAAUUUGGAUCAGUUCACUACAACAUUCAGGCUUCAGCUUCAAAUCCCUCUAUCAUAUACUUGUCCAUAUCCAUGUUAUCACUAACACCAGAAGUCAUGCUUCAACAUGGAUUACCUAAAUCCACCUUAACAGAAAUCGGAAGGACUUUACUUAAUUUUGCAGAAGUUGUUGAAACUCCUAAAGAUGGAUAUAUGCUCACCCUAAGAUUAAGAUUUAACAGACUUCCACAAAAUACAGGUAUGCAUUUAUUAAUCUUAUUUUAG